CAUUAGUAUUCUUGUUGUCAUGACAAUGGUGUCUGGGCACAAGAUCGAAAGGAUUAUAAGAUUCUAUUGGAUGUAAUUCGUUUUGAACUGGAUAUUGGUUAGUGAUAAAAAUGAAUUCACCGAGCCGCGCUGAAAUCCACUUUGAAGACAUGCGUUGCUGUCGUUCUUGCCUCUCAGUGGCUUCGGAAGAUGAGCUUGAAGAUUACAUUGAUCUGCUGGAGACUUUAAAUGCUGACUGUGGAACUAUCACAUUACUGGAGUCGUUUAAUAAAUGUACUUCAUUAAAUGUUGUGAUAGAAGAAUUUGUUAUUGAAGGAUAUCCAUCUUGUCAUUACAUAUGUGGACGUUGUCGGUUAGAACUCAAGCAAGCUAAUGAGUUCAUAAACCGAGCACAAUUAAAUAAUCAGUUAUUAAAGGAACAAUAUAGCCAUACCAAAUUUUUACAUUCUCCACUGAGUGAUGCUGAGGUACAUGAAAUCGAAAUAAGCAACGAACCUAAUUGUGAAGCAUCAGAAAAUGAGCAGGAAUUUAAACCUGUGUGUUUUACAGAGAUCGAGUAUGAGCAACAGAUUUCACCAGUGAUGACAGCCAGAGAAAUUAAUGAGCCACUGGAGGAAGUUCUUCAAGAAGACAACGAAAUCCCCGCAACUACACUAAUAAGUGUAGAACGUGUAUUUUGUAAUGAUGGCAAAAAUGUAGACAAUAAUUCCCCGACAUCAAUAGAAAAUAACGAACUAAUAAUUAGUGCUAACACCAGCCGAAAUGAAGAAGACACAGAUAUUGAAGAAACAGAUAAAACAUUUUUUGAAUUUAAAUGCGAGUUUUGUACUUGCAUAUUUGAGUUUCAAAGGGAUUUACUGCAACAUUAUGAAAUAGAUCACGCGGAUCAAACACUUAAUUUUCCCUGUGAUUUUUGUCAAAAUCGAUUUGUAACGAAAAAUGCGCUGCGGCUGCAUCGACGUCAGGUUCAUCAGAAAGAUGAAUAUCAAGAUUGUGAGCAUUGUGGACGUACUGUGUUAAAAACAUUCUAUAAUGUGCACUUGCGGCGUCACAAACAACUCAAAUUCUUAUGCAGCAAAUGCCCAAAAAGAUGCGUUUCUCGUUAUACGCUCAAAAAACAUAUGGAAUUGCAUUCGGACGAACGUGAUCGCAAUAUUGAAUGCAUCGAUUGUGGCAGACGUUUCUAUACGCUCGAGAAUCUACAAUUACAUCAAGCCACACACAUUUCACCCGAAGAUCGUGCAAUAUUCGAAUGUACCGUUUGUUCCAAGACAUUCUUGCGCAAAUCUAAUCUUGGUUUACAUAUGCAAAUGCAUCGUGGCGAGACGAUGGAUUGUCCGCAUUGCGAUAAAAAGUUUGUUAGACGUAAAGAUCUAGAAAUACAUAUACGUUUCCAUACUGGCGAUUUUCCAUACUCAUGUUCGAUGUGUGAGCGGAAAUUCGCCAUUAAAGGACAUCUAAACUACCAUGAGAAGCGGCAUCUGGGUGUGCGUUACAAAUGCGAUGAAUGUGAGAAAACAUUUAUAAAUCUCGCAGGCUUACGGCAACAUCAGUAUGAGCAUACGGGUAUGCCAUUAAUGUGUGAUGUUUGUCAGCGUGGCUUCGCAACCAAGUUUAAGGUUCAUCGUCAUUUGCGCAACGUACAUAAGCAUUUAUUUAAGAAAACUGGCUUCACAGAUGCUUUGGCGAAAAAGUACAUUAUCGUAAAGAGCAAAUCAACACAAGCAAUAAAGAAAGUAACCGAGUUAGUCGAUGUACCUGAAGACACAAUCGAAAUGCUGGAAGAACAUGCCGAAGACAUUCCACUAAAUAUGCUAACGGUUUAAGAUAUCGC